AUGCAAGAAUUUGCCAAAGAAAUAGGCUUCAAAUUGUUAAUGUCAACACCCUAUUAUGCCCAGGCCAAUGGCCAAGUCGAAGCUGCCAACAAAGUGAUCAUUGGUUUGAUCAAGAAGCAUGUAGGGAAGAAGCCUAGGAAUUGGCACAAAACUCUGGACCAGAUUUUGUGGGCAUGUCGUACAUCCCCCAAAGAGGCUACUAAGUUGGCCCUCUUUCGCCUAACCUUUGGCCAUGAUGAUGUUCUACCAAUAGAAAUUCACCUACAAUCCAUAAGGAUUCAAAGGCAGCAUGAACUCCCAACAGAAUCAUACUGGAGCAUGAUGUUGGAAGAAUUGGUUGAUUUAGACGAGGAAAGGUUAAAUGCCUUAGAAUUGCUAAAGCGACAAAAGAAGAGAGUAGAAGUCUCUUAUAAUAAGAAAGUGAAAGUUAAAAGUUUUGCACCCAAAGACUUGGUCUGGAAAGUGAUCCUUCCAAGGUGGGAAGGCCCUUUCCAAGUUUUACAAAUAUUCUCUAAUGGUGCCUAUGAAAUCAAAGAGCUUAGUGAAGAUAAAAGGAUUCUAAGAGUAAACGGGAAAUAUUUGAAAAAAUAUAAACCGAUAAUCCAAGAAGUAAAAAUAAGAGAUGAAUAA